AUGGAAGUACCACAUUUCUACAAACGUAGCCAUGGCGAAAAUUUUCGAAUGAACAUAAGCCCCUAUGUUAAUUCACUGCAUAAGGAAAGUAUAAAAUAUGACGAGACAUUAGGUAAAGCUGCCUGUGAGAAUGCAAAUGAAGGAGGAGCUUUUUUCCAAAAUACAAAACUGAUUGGAAAACGUUCAAUAAAUGAAAAUUUAGAAAAAACCUACGCUUCGUCUCUAGAAGAGAAACAAAAGAAGAACCCAAGUGUAAAAAUUAUAAAUAAUGAACAGGACUGGGGAAGACAGAAUAAUCAAAGUGAUAAUAACCUGAACAGUGCGCAUUAUAAUCGCUAUUACAAAAAUCUAGGAACAAUUCAUCAAAUACAGGUACCAGAGAAUAAUAAAAACAUACAUAAUAAUCUUAUAUAUUCGAGUCAGGACAUUUAUUCUGACAAUAAUUAUGAUGCAAAAUUAGUGCAAAAGGAACAACCAAAAGGAAUCAGAAAUAUGCCAACGGGUACAAAGCACAAAUCUGAGAUAAUUUCCACAACAAAGUCGAUACAACAAGUUAAUAGAAAACAUUUAAUUGAUAAUUGUUCAUAUGAUGGGCAUUCUGAUUGUGAAAAAACUACAACAUACAAUUCGGAGCAGAAUUUACUAGAGGCUUCUCAAAUAAAUUCACAUUUAAAGUCAGAGCAAAAUGUUUUAAACACAUUUCGGAAUAAUAUAUAUGUGGAUUCGGAGCAGACGUUAUUUCUUGAGAAUACUGAUAAUGACACACAUAGUAGUAAAGAAGUGUUAAAUAAUAUAAGCAGUUUAAAUUGUUCCCAUCAAGUGUAUUCUCACAAGGGAGAACCAUAUGAAUUUACAAAUAAUAACACACAAAUUUUGUUCGAUAAGGAGAAUGGAAAUAAUCAAGUGGAAAAUCAAAAACAGAAGGAGCAAAAAAUAUUAGCACAUCUACCUAGUGAAAAAAGUGUAUACCUAACGAAUGAAGCACAUAUUAACUAUGCAUAUAAAGGGAAAGAUGUAAAUAUAUGGGACCACAAAAUUCCAGACGAAGAGCACAAAAAUGGUAAGAAUAGUAGUUAUAAAUAUGAAUCUAAGGGGAAUGAUGAAAUGUAUGAUUCUUUAAAUGGACAUCAAAAUAACCAUUUUAACAUGGCAAAUGUCAAUGCACAAAUAGAUAUGGACAGUCAUGAAUCGUUUAAUAAAAAUUUGUCUCAUAACCCAAGGGAUGAUCUGUUAUAUAUAAAUCAUACAUUUAGAGAGAAUGAAAAAUUUAAUAAAUAUUUAAAUCAUAGUAUGAAUAAUUAUGUUUUUUCAAAAGGAAAUGUAAACAAUGAUGAAACUGUUAAAAAAUUAUCUAUCCCAAGAAAAAGAAUGACACACAAUUCAACUGGACAAAAAUCUGUAUCUGUGAAAGAUGGAUUUAUGAGAGUUAAUACAUACAGCAAGAAUAAUGAUUUUAAAAAAAUUAAAAUGUAUCAGUCAAACGGCUUCCCAGGUAUGCAUUCCAGCAUAUGUUCACUGUCAACAUCGAAUUUAUACCAUAACCCUGAUGAUAUCAUAACUGGGAAGUUGUAUUACCCUCCAAAUCACAGUGAUAAUGCAAAUGAUCACACAUUCAAGCGAAUUAACGGCUCCGCUAUGAAAAAUGGCAAUAUGUGCAAUGUUGAUACACCCUCUUUCAAAAAUGAUGUAUUUCGUGAAAUGGGCUAUGAAACACCGGGUACCCUAAUUGACCAACUCACUAUACCCAAGGAAAUAAAGUGUAAUGGAGAAGACAAAUUGAAUAAUAAUUUAAACAAUCCAAGUCAAAAAAUUAACCACAUAAUUAGAAAUUUUGAUGAAAGUCAUAAAUAUACAUGUGCGAAGAAUUAUCUUAAUAGGUUUGUAGAAAACCACUACAAUUUAGACGAAAUAAAAAAUUGUAUUCCUGAAAGGGUUUUAUAUACAAAUCAUAAGUUCGAUGUGCCCCAAAUUAUUCAAGGAAUUACGACGAAACAUAAUAAUGGCUUUGUAUCCGAAUGCAAUCAAGACACUGUUAUCGAAUACAAUAAUAAAUGGAUAUUGGUUAAGGGAAAACAAUUUGGAAUAAAUCAAAAAGAAAAUUUUAAGUCAGUUGAAGAUUCAGCAAAAUAUUUUCAAAACUAUUUAGAUGAGCAGAAUAAUAAUACAAAAAGAAUACUUUCAAAUAGCACCUUUAAUUCAUUGACUGGAAAAUUGAACAUAAAUUCUUCAUGUAAUGAUGAAAAUUUAAGGGACCUUAGCAAAGUUUAUGAUUAUAAAGACACGUUACGUUCCUACCCAGCCUAUUAUGGAAUAUCUCAACAUAUGAAAAUUAGUGCAAAUAAAAACAAUAGGGAUAACGAAAUGGGAAAAGAAAAAUUAGAAAAUAUGGAAGAAACUCCCACAAUAAAAUCUGAAAAAGAUUACUAUUAUGAUUGCAAAAAUGGAAAUAAGCAAACUCCGAAGAAAAAAUCUAUUGUAAAAAAGCAAAAACUUGCCUUAUGUGGUGAUUUUCAGUUAAAAAACCGAAUUAAAGAUUUCGUAUCAGAAAAAAUGAAAGAUUGUUUUAGCAUAAAUUUUCUGUAA